UCGAGAUGGCCCGUACGAAGCAAACCGCAAGAAAAUCCACUGGCGGAAAGGCACCGCGUAAGCAACUUGCCACAAAAGCGGCACGUAAAAGUGCACCCGCUACUGGUGGCGUAAAAAAACCUCAUCGUUACCGUCCAGGUACCGUAGCUCUUCGUGAGAUCCGUCGUUAUCAGAAAAGUACCGAGCUGUUGAUUCGCAAACUUCCUUUCCAAAGGUUAGUGCGCGAAAUUGCCCAAGACUUCAAGACCGAUCUCCGUUUCCAGAGCUCCGCCGUGAUGGCCCUUCAAGAAGCUAGCGAAGCUUAUCUGGUCGGUCUAUUCGAAGAUACAAAUUUAUGUGCCAUUCACGCCAAGAGAGUAACCAUUAUGCCGAAGGACAUUCAACUUGCUCGACGUAUCCGUGGCGAACGUGCUUUUUUCACUUAUCGUCAGAUUGAUCGAUUGAAGAUGCCUCCUAAAACUAGCGGAAAAGCUGCCAAGAAAGCUGGCAAGGCCCAAAAAAACAUUUCUAAAAGCGACAAGAAGAAGAAACGCAAGAGGAAGGAAAGUUACGCUAUCUACAUUUAUAAAGUAUUGAAACAAGUCCAUCCGGAUACGGGUAUUUCAAGCAAGGCUAUGAGCAUCAUGAACAGUUUCGUUAAUGAUAUUUUCGAACGCAUCGCCGCCGAGGCGAGUAGACUUGCUCACUACAACAAACGUUCGACAAUAACCAGCAGGGAAAUUCAAACAGCAGUGCGCCUUCUCUUGCCCGGGGGACACGCAGAGUCUCUUCUGGUUUUGUUUGGCGCUAAACCUACUGAGAAGCCAGUUAGAUACAUCGACGACCUCAAGCUCUACUCCGCUAAUGACGAGCAAUUGGGAAAUGUGGUAGCGUUCUUUGAGGCUAUCGGAAUGAAGCCGGGGAAAGAUGAAUGUGCCGUGGUUCAGGCGAAGAGAGAAGUCAAUUUAUACCCAUACUCGAGAUGGCCCGUACGAAGCAACGCAAGAAAAUCCACUGGCGGAAAGGCACCGCGUAAGCAACUUGCCACAAAAGCGGCACGUAAAAGUGCACCCGCUACUGGUGGCGUAAAAAAACCUCAUCGUUACCGUCCAGGUACCGUAGCUCUUCGUGAGAUCCGUCGUUAUCAGAAAAGUACCGAGCUGUUGAUUCGCAAACUUCCUUUCCAAAGGUUAGUGCGCGAAAUUGCCCAAGACUUCAAGACCGAUCUCCGUUUCCAGAGCUCCGCCGUGAUGGCCCUUCAAGAAGCUAGCGAAGCUUAUCUGGUCGGUCUAUUCGAAGAUACAAAUUUAUGUGCCAUUCACGCCAAGAGAGUAACCAUUAUGCCGAAGGACAUUCAACUUGCUCGACGUAUCCGUGGCGAACGUGCUUAAGCAUCUUUUUCACAAAGUUUAAAAUCGGUUCUUUUCAGAACCACAACUUUUUUUUUUUACAUUUAUACAAUUGAUUGAUUUCUUAUAAGGUAUCCCAAAUUAAAGAUCCGAUAUCAAUAGUGCAAUAUAACCUUACUUAAUUUCUUCCAACAAAAUGCGUUACGAAUUUCAAUUUUGAUUAUGGAUUUUCCAUCAGUCUUUUGAUAUCCUCUAUAUCUUGGCGCAAUAGCUUAUUUUAAGCUGGAAGCAAAUUAUGCCGUCUUAUUUCCAAUUCGAUCAUUCAACUGCAAAAGAUUCUGAUGACCAGCAUUAGAGAGAAGCGAUACCGUGAUUUCUAGAUCACGUUGUGAAACGUGAACGUUACUUUAUGAUAUCAGUGAAAUUAAAGCGUGACGUGAUCACUGUUUAGGUUGCUUGUU